AUGAUAUUUUUUUUAAAUCUAAAACAUGUCAUCUCUGCAAACACGUCUUUAUGCUAGAGACAAAAGGGUUUAGAUAAAUAGAAAUCAAACUGUACUUUGGAAAGUGGCUCAUUCUCUAGGAUUUUGACAGAUUUUUUUUAAUUGAUACGAUAUUUUUAUUAUUCUGAAUUGAUAGAAACUGUUCGUCAUUUCUUAUGAAAUGUUCUCUGCAAAUACAUUUAUUUGUUUUCAAACAUAUAUUUCCUUAAAACAUUGAUUUUCGUACUUGAGAGUACUUUGUUUACAGAUUUGACGUCAGGUAAAUUAACGAACUCCUAAACGUACUUUAUACUUUAUGAUCAUUUCAAUUUGAGAAAAGAAACCGAUAACAAAAAUACACCAUUCAUAAAAAACGAAUAUUAAACCUUAAUUUUUGUUGCAUUAAACCAUUAUAUAAAAUGAUGGAAAUCAUGAAUGAAAUUUCUCACGUUACCGGAAAUGUAUUUAAAAAUUUAUCGAAAACUAUAAUAUAGUUGUCGCUGAAGAACAAAUAAACCAUAAAAUAUUCAGAAUUGUUAUAGAAUAAUUUUGCAUGCGUAAUUCUCAAUCUUCUUCUUCUCCAAAUCCUCUCACACAUAAAAUGGUCAACCCUAGGACACUCGUUAGGUGCACGUAGUCUGUGCGCGGACCUGGAUCUGGGCUUCCAGUCCGCAGUAAAUCCAGAUAUUUCCUAGUGGAUAUACUAGAAGUUUCGUUAUGUAAGUGUACACCACUAACUACUGUAUUAACAGGUUUUUUGUCACUUGAUCGGAGAACAGAUUAAAUUGAGCCAUAUGCAGAUACGCAAUAACCACUCCCUUCUUCAAUCAACUAAUAGUAUUCUUCAAAUUUAUUGUACCUUUAAACCCAAAGUUGAUAGUAUUGCUUAAUCCAUCUUAUUCUUUUUAAUAUUAUAUUUUUGCAAGUGAUUAAAGAAGUAUAUGUUUGUAUUCUUAUUGUCUAAAACGUUGUAAAAUAUCUAACUUUAAAAGUAAAAUUCAAGAAUGAAAACGCUGAAACAAAAAAUUAUAUCUUUUAAUUUAUUUCGCGCAAACAAUAAAAUUUAUAAGUUAUUUCAGUACGCUUAUCUAGUAAUUAUAAUUCAGUACAUUAUUUGCACUUUUCAUUUAGAACGAGUCGCUACUGAAGUGUAGCUAUUUGCAGCAACGCGUACUAAACUGAUCAAAGGCCCGUCUUUGUAAACCUAUUUCCUGCUUUUGCCUAUUCAAAAGUACACACCAUACCAACGAAAGUAAUGUUGCAAAACAUGACCAAAGGGUUUGGUGUGUGGACCUGAAUUGUUUCAUAAAUAAAUGAAUUAUACUAAUCUGUCGAGGCUUUGGAUAGUGACAUUACACCGAAUGUGCUCAUUCGAAACUCCGGGAAAAUAUUUCACCGAAUAGGGAAGCACCGUAAAUUGACCCAGUGUUAUUGAAAAUCCUGCUAUCUCAAUCCAAAAUAAAUUUGUACAUAGAAUGGAAACUGUGUCAGAAAAUUUCUGUUUGCAGAAAAAAUGACAUUAGUCGUCAAGAGCAACUUCGCAUGAUGAAAUUCAAAUAUUGGCGAUUGAUAGUGUUUGCUUUGUGUGGCGUCAAUGUUUUACUGAAACGGGAGGGCUCCGUGGCUCUGUCACUGUAACUCAAUAACCCAACUCAAUGCGUUUUUGUACUAUGCUGUUUCAGAAAACUGGGAAUGGAGUCGGCGAUCUGGAGGUUAGGAUGUAUAAGAAUAGGGUUCAACCAAUAAAAUUAUAAACCUGUUCAAGCUAUCUCUCAAAAGCAUGGUAUGCAGUCAGUGAUUUUUUUUGGGGGCCAAAAUGCCACCGAUAUUCGGCUGUUUCCCCUCACUAAAAUUAGGUAUUUUUUCCCAAUUAUAUAUGUAUGUUUUUUCCCAAUUUCAAAUCUAGGGAAAUUAGGCCAUUUAAAAAAAAGGUUACCGUAUAUUGCUGACAAAGAGUAAAUACGUUUUUUUCUUCAGUUUUAUUCUCCAAACCACUGCACAUGCAAAAGGUUUUGUAAAGAAUAUGUAAAACAAUAGAGGCAUCCAUAUAAGCAGAUAUGCAGCAAAGUAUAUAGUUUCCAGAUACACAUUAAGCCAUAUCAUAUUGUUGACAAUUUAGUUUGACCGCCAUUAUAUGUAGGGUCAGGCUAGUAACAGGAAGUGGCCAACAGUAUAGGGUUUUACUAAAAUCUGAAAAAUACAAACAGGAGAGACAUUCUGGAAACUUGAUUAUUAAUAUAAUAUUUACAAGCUUAUGGGUACAAAUGCUGGUGAAUUAAUAAUUUAUUAUUUUGUUUAUGAAAUUAGACAAUAAGUAUUUCUUAGAAAAAGUAAAUAAUAUCUAUACAAGGUGUGACUUCCAAUACAUAUUUAAUGUUAAAUAAUGAUUUAUUUUAUGAUUUUAAAUCAGAUCUGAAAUAAACCUCAAACAAAAAAAUUAUUUGAUUAUUUUUUGCAUCUUUACCAUUUUAAUUUACUAUGAAUGAUGUUUCCCAAUUUGAGGAAAAUGUCGCUAAUUUUUCCCAAUUCAAUUGGAGGGGUGGUAGUUUGAAAAACAAAACAAAAAAUCACUGGCAGUUUUCCCCAUGUUUGGGUGCUCUCUUAUAUGGGUACAUGCAUCCGUUGAGGUCAGAGGUUAUCAUAUAGAUUGAAUAUGUUACACUCUCCUCAGCCCCACUGAUACGUGAUUGCUCACGUAUUUAAAAUGUUAGUCCAAUUUGUAUCCAUAAACUGAAGUUAAGCUAGUGAUAAAAAGCCAAUUGAUAUAAAACGCCAAAGGAAUUCUAUAAUAGAGGAGGACGGGUCUAUAUGCGCCAUUUUAUAACAAUAUUAUCAUCAGAUAAAAAACAAAACAAAUCCCCAUGUUACGAAUGUCACAUAAAAAUUGCAUUUCCACGCUAUGCAUGCACUUGGUAAGCUAUUAAUGUUUGUUGCAUCGAAAAUUGAAUUUAACACAGGACGCGCGAAAUGAAAAUUGUUUUUACCACCCAUAUUGAAUGACGUGUCGGGAGAAAAGCCGCGGCGGAGGAGGUUACAUCAAUUAGACUUGACGUCGACUGAUUUCCGAUCCCGACUUAUGUAAAUUUGAUCCUAACAAAGUGAUUUAAGUGGCAAGCACCAUAUUAUUAAACAGGGGACAAGAUUUAUUAUGGCUGCUGUUUAUUUAUACCAAUUUACCAUGAAUAAUUGUCAUGGAUGUAGUUUUAGGGAAUUAAAACUGUCCUCUGGAUGGUGGUUAACGAAAUUCUUGUUUCUGCUACAGUAAUUCCACAGACCUCCCUUUGCGAGAACGAAACCAGUCCUCUGGUAGAUAUAGAAGUUAUCCGUUUGAUAUCGCGCGUUCAGUCACAUGAUGAGAUAAUUGUUGGGAAUGUGCCGGGGGAAUCAACUCCUUCCCAAUCGGUCGCCCCAGUCGAUAAUUUUCGUGCGACAAUACUUGAUUGUGACAAUCGACAGGCUGCAUGUGAUUUGUAUCGAAACAAUCACAUCGCCAUAUAGCGCCACAUAUACAGUAAAUAAUAAAUGUGUUUUACACAACAUUAUCAACCGUGGACUUCUGCAGUAAUUGUAGCUCCCUGUACGGCGUAAUCAAUACUCAUUUCCCAAGCGUUCACCUGAAAGCUUCUUGUCGUUUUGGCUGCGCGUCUUUGUUGCCACGAGUUUGAAACCUUGCUCUGCUGUGCGCGGCUUUCCGAAGCGGGAUUGUUUCGCCGGAUAAUAUUCAAUGGCAUCUUUCUGAGAGAAGCAAUCAAACUCUAUUUCUUUAAUUCAUGCGAUAUGAAUCGAUUCCUGAUCGAUCUUUUGUACAGAUAUGCAAACGUGUUUUCAUGAAGUAAGACGUAUUGAAUUUUUACUCAUUUAAAACAUUGCGAUACUAAAGCGAGUUCGCAUCAUACAUUCACAGAAGUAAAAUAUUGACUCUUCAUUUAUGGGUUUUACCAAUUCAGGACCUUCAGCAACUAAGUUUCUGGGAGGCUUUGUGGGGUUACAAUAGAAAUAUGGAUCUGACAUUGUUAAAGCAAAUCGUUAAAGUUUGUCAUGCUGGAGAAUGUGUAAAAUAUUGAUGUGAUUCGGGUAUACAUUCACCACUAAGAUCUAUUGUUGCAUUCGCCUGGACGUGUACGCGACCUCGCUGUGUUUAAUUGAUUAAUGUACCAUUGUGACACAUCAUUGAUAUUGCCUCGUUUCAACUAUAGUGUUUUAGUCAUAUAUACCUUUUUCCCUCGAUGCCACAGCAGCCCAUCUUUUCAAAAGGUUCUUGUUUCAUUGGGUCUGAGUGAUGCUGACAAAUUCAAACAUGCUCCCACGGAUUUUAAAACGCCAAUAGACGUGGCGAUAGUAUCUUCCGUGGAUGUGAGUGUCUCUUGUGUGGUUGUUCCACUUGUGGCAGGUUAAAUGCAUGAGUAACCAACAUCGUAAGUGAAUCCAUUAUGGGAAUCACAAAAUUACUAAUUUUGUCAGACAAUAUUCAUUAAUGUGCAGGAAGAGAAUUCAAAUGUUUUACUUAACAUUGUGAAAGGAAAACAGAGAUUUGUUCUGAUCGCCUUCGCCAAUUCGGAUGAAGUUUUGCACAUGAAAAGCUUUCCGCUGGGAAUUUUUUUUGUAACCAAGGAAUUAUCAUUUUGUUGGGAAGAAUCUUCACCGAAAUAUUGAUUAUAUAUAGGGAUUAACAGAAAAUGCCGGUGCUAUGCUGUAGUGAUUGACCGAAUAAUAAUUGUAGUCGAACGUAUCCUUAGCCUUUCCACGCCGUUCGUCUGCCAUCACGGGCCCCGUACUUAUGUUAAGGACUGGUUUUCUGGGCUAGGUCAGAAUGUACCCAUUCUAUAGCCAGGCAUUUCCUGUUGUCGAUACGGGCCAACGAUGAAAUGCACCUUCUUUGGAAAGAAAUCUGUGUCCAAAGAAGAAUUAUACGUAAAAAGAGAAGAAAUGAUGCUUGAUAGUGUCUUAGGGAGCUUCGCCACGUACGCCCGGCUGAAAGGCCGCUAUGACGACGAUUGGAUAGAUAGACUUAAUCAUCUAUACACAACUAUCAUCUUCAUUAUCUUUACAAUCGUCGUCAGCACCAAGCAAUAUGUUGGAGAACCAAUUCAUUGCUGGUGCCCAGCCGAAUUCAUGGAAUCAAUGGUGGAUUACACGAACAAUGUUUGCUGGAUUCAGAACACGUACUACGUGCACGUGGAUGAUAGAAUUCCGGAUAACCAGGACGCGCGACUAGAACGCCAAAUCACGUAUUACCAGUGGGUGCCCAUGAUACUACUAUUUCAGGCUUUGCUGUUCAAAGUCCCCUGUAUCUUAUGGCGCAUUUUAACUGCUUCCGCCGGUGUCAAUUUGGAUAAAAUCGUGACGUUAGCGGCGGAAACGCAGUAUAUUUCACCCGAGGAUCGAGAAAAGACGAUCAGACACAUUGUCCGGUACAUGGACCGAUGGUUAGAGAACGCCCGGGAAUAUCGCUCUGGGUGCUUUAUACGACUGCGGCAGACGAUAUCCAAGUAUUGCUGUAUCGUCUGCGGAAAAAGAUACGGGAACUAUCUUGUGACUAUAUACAUGAUAAUUAAAUUGUUGUACAUGACAAAUGCAAUCGGUCAGCUAUUUAUCCUCAAUGAAUUCUUGGGAACAAAUUAUAAUGCGUAUGGUUUGGAGGUGAUGCAGCAUUUGGCUGAGGGAACCGAAAUGGUGGACUCCAUGAGAUUUCCGAGAAUAACUCUAUGUGAUUUUAAAAUUCGUAAACUUGCAACUGUGCAACAAUACACCGUCCAGUGUGUGUUGCCUAUCAAUCUUUUUAAUGAGAAGAUAUUCAUUUUUAUUUGGUUUUGGCUAGUAUUUGUCGCUGUGUUAAGUUCAGCUAACUUCCUAGUGUGGUGUUACACAAUGAUAUUCAGACAGCACCGGGUACGAUACUUAAAGAAAUUUCUACGCAUCAAUGAUUGCUACAAGUCGGAACUUGAUAAAAAGAUGGCUGUUAAGUUUACGGAGCAAUACCUAAGACAGGAUGGUAUUUUUGUUUUAAGACUUGUAGGGAAAAAUGCCAAUGAUGUUUUAGUGAGCGAAAUAAUACUACAGCUGUGGACUCACUAUAGAAGUAAACCGUUGUUCAAGCAUGCCAACCAAAUGAGUGACGACAACAGCAAUGUAUGACUAACCGCGCAAAAACUUCUCAAGUUAGUGAAGUCGCAGUAUUUAAUGUACCCCUGCCAGGACGGUACUCCGAAUUGUGACGUCAUCAAGGUAGAAACGUCGUCAAACGGGUACCUGCGAAACGAACAGUUCGAGACAGAAGUUUAAAACAGGUGUCAGCUUACAAAACGUCCAUGAUUCUUGUUGUUAGUUAACAAUAUGUUAUUCCGUACGAUUUCUAUAGAAUGGAUAUAUGCAAAACAAUAUGCAUCUUUGUUACGUUGUAGCAAUAAUUCGUAUAACAGUUUUUGCAAUUUUUUUUUUCUAAUUUCAAUUAAUCAGAUUUUUCUUACACAAAUAGAUUUAGCUCCCAGUGACUGUAGACCAUGGAAACAUUUAAUCAUUGACACUAUCCUUUAUCAUUUUAUAGGGAAAAGGGUACAGGUGAAACAUGCCCAUGCUUUGACAUGCAUGCAAAUAUCACUUAAAGUUACAAAUGUCAGACCAAGAAAAUACUUUGGAAUUAUCGGUUCAAAAACAAAAAGACGGCAACUUCCCGGACCAUUUGUCUCGGGGCUGGAGUUCAAUGUCAAUACUCAAACACAAGAAAUCAGUUAAAAUUAAGACGUUCAAGUGGUUUAUCUUCGGCCGCAUAAAUACGCGAAUAUCCUAGCUAACUUUUUUUAAUUCAUGGCAUUCUGUGUUUGUAAAUUUGACAGAUGGAAAUUUGAAGAUAUAAAAAACUUUGAUAAAUCUUGCAAAUUAUUGUGAUAGAAAAUUCAGAAAAACUUUAAAUAGAUGAAUUUUGUUUUUAUUCCCUAGUUUCCUCACCUAAAAAAUAUGUUUGAAAAUCAUCAGCGCAUUCCGGGAAAACUGUGUGGCUAAAAAGUGCUUUACACAGGUUAGGAAAACUUAUAAAUGGCAUUUGGUGCAAAUCAAGGAUGGAAGUAUGACGUUUCCUUUUUGAAAAAACAAAACAAAAAACACUAGACCACUUUUGUUUCCUUCUCCCGAUCCUGUUUUGAAUGUAUGGGUGGGUAAGUAGGAAAGGCCUUUUUCUGGGAGAAAUUUACAUUUUGCUUUACUGGGCUCAAAAUUGGAAACAUGAAGGUAUCUCUAAAGAGGAGUGAAAAUAUCUUUUGAAUUGAAUAGCUUUAUUUCAGUCAGCCAUUUUGGUUCUUACAUUCCAGAGAAUUAUGGGUAAUGGGAAAUCGUUAGAAUGUGAAGGAUGUAAAGCAGAAAAGAAAUAAUUACAGAUUACGUACGUAAGAAAACAAAUACUAGUAAUAAAAUAAAUUCAUAAUCAGCGAUAUUUCUUCGGUUAAGAUAAUGAUGCGCCCUUACGUCAAAUAAUGGAAAUCAGAUGCCUGCGGCCUAAACUAUUCAUGCGAGCCAAAUGUCGGACAAAAGCGUAAUACUCAAUCACAAAAUUAAUUGUUCAUUACGUCAUAGUACACAAUAGUUCUCACUGAAGAUAAACAUCCAUUCAAGCGGUCAUAAACACGUCAAAACAUCCAAGAGAAUUAGAUUGCCUACAAAAUAUUGCCAAAAUUGUCCUACUGCCAAGUCAUCACGGAAUACCGUUCCAGAAAAUUUUUGAACUAAUGUAACCAAAAGGCAGUUGUUUUGGGUUUUUUUAUGCCCGUAUGCUUUUCGUGCAAAAUGAAGAAUGAUUUACCUCAUGCUUAGCUUUCGUUGUUUGAAAAAUCGCUAAUAUGGUGACCAAAAAACACCAGAGGAUUUUUUUUUUUUUAAAAACCGUUUUGCCACCUUUUUGGGUUUUUCUCUUGGAAAAAGGUCAGAUUAAAAGUUUAAAACAUUUAAGAAUUAAAUGUUAUGUGAAUCUUUAUUACAACCAUGCUGUAAUAGAACCUCCCCGUGUAUUAAUCAGGAUGUCGUCAGUUGCUAUUCACGGAAAAUACGUGCGCACAAACUCUGAAUCCUCGGCACGUUCUGAUGCUUGUCAUUCCAUGAUAUGAAUAUAAAAUCAAUCAUUACUAUGCGCUGCUCUACUGCUUUAAGGCUACGAAGUGCAAUGUGUUUUUUAAAUGUUCACAUGGAAAUUCCUUUCCUUCUGAAGCUGUUUUAAGCUUUGAAGAUAUCAUAAUUUAAAAGAUUUUGUUUUCCCUUUUGGACACUAAGGGCUCACGAAAUGACAUCUUAGGUUCCUCCGUCUGCCCUUUAAUCUUAUUUUCUAUAAGUUUUCAAUUGAAGACUGAAUAAUCAAUAUGUUCUGGAGCAAUUGAUUAGGACUUUUCAUGAGACCCAUUUAGUUUGCCGAUCCGUGAUGAUUAAGUCGUUAGAAUAAAUCGAUUGUUUUUGUUUUAUUGUUUAUGCAUGUUACAUUUCAACACAGUCAGUGUUUGCACAAAGACUCGGUGGGUGGACGACUUUACAAAUGUGAACCAUUAUCUGCUGUUUCGCCUUUGAAAAUGUCUUAAAAAGUGGUAGAAGUCAUUGUAUGUUCUAUAUUAAACUUUCAUUAACUAUCAUGAGAAAUUUAGUAAUAUUAGAAGAUUAUUCCUAAAAAGAAAAAUCCAUUGUUUUUAUAUUUUAUGUUUUGUCUUCUAGAAAACCCUCAAAAUCAUGUAUAUUCCGAUACAGAAUGAAGAAUAUUGUUUCUGCACAGUAUUAAGAAAUAAAUGUAGAUUUAUUGACAGAUGUAGAUAUUAUUUAGAAUGUGCCAUUUCUUCCCUAUCAGUAGUGAUGUGGAGACCUUAUGAUGUAUUUAUCUAAAAUUCCCUCACCAUGGAAAAGAUGAAUACAGAUACAUUUCUCUGGUUUCAUGUCGGGAAGUUGUGGUACAUUUCACAGUCACGUGUCCAGCUUGUUUUAAAACCAAGUCUUAAAUCGUUUGUUUCUGUGUCUGUAUUCAAAACUUUAUACGAAACUGUUGUUGAAAGAUGAAUACUGAUUCCUUGUUGUACAUACCUGGUUGCGAGUAAAUGUUACGUGUCGGAACAUGCAGGUGUGUGAGAUGAUUUUCAGGUAACACAUACUGGUAGUAGAUAGAAUAGGCCAUGAUUGAACAUAACAUGCUGUCGUUGUUGUUGUUAUUGUUGUGUAGCGGCACACAUAAAACAAAUGUAACACUUCCAACUUUAGUUGUCACAAUCUUGGUAGCGUUUUAUACGAGUUUUUUUUUUUUUAAAGUAAAGCAAUGAAAUGAAGUGCAAUACCGCUGUAGAUAUAUUGUACGGUAGGGCCAUAUUUAUCCAAUCAAUUUUUAGUUCUUCAGAUUUUAAAAAUCAGAAAACAUUGAAGUGGCGAAACGCUUUAUAAACCGGCUUCUUCUUUUUUUUCUUCCUCAUUUGCAGGAAUAGACAGGUGGCGAGCGGAUGAAAAGAUUCAUACUUUUUCUUGAAUGCUAAUAAACAAUUAUUAUAAUUUUGAAAGUAAAUGACUAUUUCAUAUUUACCCUGUUUUAACAUGUAUGUGUGGAGAAUGGACAGAACUCCUUUCAUGAUUAUGACUUCCGGUAAGGGACAAGAUCAAAAGUUCAAUGCUUGACAAAAAUAUUAAAUCACUUAUAGUUUUCAUCAGUGCCCACCCCUUUAAAACUAAGGAUGAUGAUUGUUUUUCCAGAUCGAUUAUCAAGUACAACACUACCAAUAACACUUUAUAUACCUUAUCAAGUACAACACUAACUAAAAAGUCCAUUCGUUCCUAAAGGAAAGAAACGUAAAAGAGUUUUUAACCCCACCCCCAACUAUUUUUAUUCGACAUUAAUCUUUUGAUCUCGUCCCAUUUUAAAAAUCGAAUGCGACCCAGUACCUACCUGUAAAAUAUUGAUACUGUUUAGAUAUUUUUAUGGAAUUUUAUCUUUUAAGUAUGGCCUAAUACGAUUAUCUAGAUUUGUUUUUCAUUCAUGAAUCAGCCUUCUGUCGAUUGUAAUUCGUCUUCAUGAUUCUAUGCAAUACUGGCAUAGUGUAUAUGUUAUCAAUGGUGGGUCAUGUGACAUUGAAAAAGUAGAUAGUUUGCAUUUGUGCAUUACUAGUGGCAUACUCAAUAUAAUUACAUUUAUUGUUCAUGUAAGAAUUCUGUGUAGAAUUCUAUUAACAUUUCCUUGUCAUGAUUAAUAAACCGUCAUUUUCCCCCCGUAUAAUUCUUAUUACAUCUCUAAGUGGUAUGCCGGAGAAAAAUCAAUCAUUUUCUAGGAAAAGUAUUCAGAAAGAUGUGUACCUUAAAUUCUGCAAGAAGCACGUUUUUUUCUUUUCAGCAGUAAGGAACUAUUCGUAAAGAUGUGGCAUGACUACGUCCAUUUUAAAACACUGAAUUAAGAUACACGAUCGGCAACAGUCCCAAUGGGCGUAAUAAAUUAUUUUCUUUCUCGUCAGAGUUUCCCGUUCCGCUUUCUGAAGCGCUGCUAUUUUGUGUAGAUGUUUCUCAACUGUGUAUCGUGACAACAUCAUAUUUACUACGUUUAUUUCGGUGUAAGUUGCCUGCCCAGAGGAAAUUCGAGACACCCUGUAUCAAACUGUUUAACUAUGUUUCUCCCAAACUGUCAUGGCCUUGCUUUUUAAAUCAACCGUUACAUCUGCCAAAUUUUUAUGUUACUUGGUUUCCAUCAUGAUAGCGGAUUCUUUAUAUGUGUUUUUAGAUUACUCCAUUGCGUUUGAAGUGCAAUGUUCUGUUUUACUUGUGAAUUUUGUGUACAUAUAGUGCAUUGCAAAUAUUUCAUUUAUGGUCAUCUGAUCCAGUGUUUUUUACCAUGAAUAAAUAUGACCAAAAGUGAC